AUGUCUGUCAGGAUCCGGAUGGCCGUGCACGGCGUACGCAACAACCGCAUAUUCCAUAUCGUCGCCGUGAACCAGCGGCAGCGGCGAAACGCGAAGCCCAUCGAGCUGCUCGGUGUCUACAACCCGCGUCUCAAGCCCGGAGAGUCGACGAAAACUAUCGAAUGGAGUGCGCAGCGGAUAAAGUACUGGCUGAAGGUCGGCGCGACCCCCAGCGAUACGGUUACGGAGCUACUGCAGAUGGGCGGUAUUCUUGCGCCCAACAACGCUCUUAUACCAGACACGCCUGGGGCGGACGCGUCGGCUCCCCUCCCAGAUGCUCCCGACGCUAGCGCUACCGCCCAGCCUACUGCGUCAUGA